CGCGGCUGCUGCUGUUGCUGUGAACCGCAGGGAUGUGAGAUGUGAGACGCGCGCCGGAUACGCGAGGAGAGAAGAGACAAACAGGUCUCUUGACAACGUUAUAAAAAAACAGGACGCCUCCUCUCUGACCUGAUUCACCGCCUGUGAAGAAGAGGAGGCUAGUAGCAGGUACUAUGCGGCCGCGCUUUGCGUGCGCGCUUGCGGCUCUGAGCGCGCGACGAUGUAAAAGGUAGCGCGUGCGGAUUCUGCGGCAGCUGUGAUCGGGAAUAACUGGGAUAGGAAAACUCAGCGAGGCAUGGAAAAGCACGCUGAUCACUGAGCAAAUAAUCAACCAGACAGUCAUUCGCAGACGUGUUCAUUGUGCGCGCCCCCAGGCGCUCCGUUCUUCGAUCGAUUACCACAGAAGAGACACACAGAGCAUUUGAAUGCGAACGGGUGCGUGCGGUGCAAGUGAUUCCGUAGUUUCUGCCCUGCUCCGUUCAACGCUGCUGAGAAGACCUUACAGCCAGUCAAUGGUGGAGGCUGAGCCACACAUAGCUGUCCCAGACGAGUGCUCCGCAUCUCUGUUCCAGUGAUAGUCCAAAAAUUAUGUCAACAGGAACUGAGCUAUAUCGGCUCUGAAUGAAGUCUGUGUGCUGCUGGUUUAGAAUGUUGUCACGAUAACAUCAGUUUGACUCCGCUCUGACUGUGGCAGGUGGGAGCCCAGGGGUCAGUCUGUGACUGAGGGCUGAGUCAGGAGUGAAUCAGCACUGCUUUUGAUUGACGGACAGCUCGGUGGGAAACAAGGCCUCGGGAGAGCAAGAGUCCGAUAACAGGAGUGAAAGCGUCGCAACGGCAAUAUCAUCUUUCAGUCUUUACUGCCACUCGUCUUUCACAACAUGGCCUCUGCGGCAGCACCAUUCUCCUCUGUCGCUGCCUCUCUGGGGACGUAGAAAGACACUGGACACACGGACACAUUCCUGCAUACUGCCUCAGAGGAAAGCUGAGGAAGUGUCUUCAGACUUUAAGGUCCUUAAUAGAUAAACAAACUGUGCUAUCGUCACGACUACCGUUUUUAGUGUUUCAAAGGGACUCAUAGUACCAUGAACGUGUUGGGAAGGUGCUGUCUCUGAUUUUAUAUGUUCCUGUGUAACAUCGAAGGCCAAUGUGUGUGGCUCGAGAGCCCAUCAUGGCCAGAUCGCUACUGAAGAUCCACCGCUAUUUCCGGCGUAAACCGGUGCGCUUUUUCUCUUUCAUCCUCCUCUACCUCACCGCUGGCAGUCUUGUUUUCCUCCACUCCGGCUUCUCCAGCGAUACUUCCACCACUGGAGCUUCUGGAAGCGGCCGUGACCCACUUAUAUCUGAAGGCGGGGGCGGCCCAGGUGCUGGGAGCUCUACCUCUGAUGGUCCCAGGCUCCUAGGAAGAGUGUUUAAGGAAACACGGAGAGCCCCCCGCAGAUUUGGACCACCUUGGAUGAAGGAAAAUAGGGCACAUGAUGCACCGGAGUGGGCCGGAAGAGGAUUCGAUCAUACCAACAGCUGGAGCCAUGGAGCCAAAGGAAGAACCACCAAAGAGAUGGACGAUGGGAGAGCAAAGUACAUCGGCUGUUAUGUUGAUGACACACAGAAACGGGCUCUUAGAGGGGUUUCCUUUUUUGACUACAAAAAAAUGACUGUCUUCCGUUGCCAGGACAACUGCGCUGAGAGGGGUUAUCUCUAUGCGGGUCUAGAGUUUGGAGCCGAGUGCUACUGUGGCCAUAAGAUCCAGGCACCCAACGUGUCAGAGAGUGAAUGUAAUAUGGAGUGUAAAGGGGAGAAGAGUAACCUCUGUGGAGGACCUAAUCGACUGUCCAUAUAUAGACUGGAGCUGAGCCAGGAGUCGGCCCGCAGAUAUGGGAGUGCCAUAUUCAAGGGCUGUUUCAAGAGGCCAGACAAUGUGACUCUGGCGCUUCCUGCUAGUGCCAUUAUUAAAAACAUGUCAGUGGACAAGUGUGUCGACAUGUGCACAGAGAAAGAAUUCUCUCUGGCAGCCUUGGCUGGUGAAAAAUGUCACUGUGGAUUUCCUACUCCACUCUUCACCCUGCAUGAGCGUGAGGAUGAGGAAAUGUGUCUCCAGCAUUGUGCAGGAGAAGACUUUGAGAGCUGUGGAAACAAUGACUUCUUUGUAGUCUACCAGACCCAAGUGCAAGAUAAUCGUUGUAUGGACCGGCGCUUUUUACCCACUCGUUCCAAACACCUAGUGGCACUAGCUAGUUUCCCAGGCGCAGGGAAUACAUGGGCCCGUCACCUAAUUGAGCUGGCCACGGGUUACUACACCGGGAGCUACUACUUUGAUGGCUCACUGUACAACAAAGGUUUCAAAGGGGAGAGAGAUCACUGGCGCAGUGGUAGAACCAUAUGUAUCAAGACCCAUGAGAGCGGCAAGAAGGAGAUCGAGGCCUUUGAUGCCAGCAUUCUUAUGAUCCGGAACCCUUAUAAAGCCCUCAUGGCAGAAUUUAACCGAAAGUAUGGUGGCCAUAUUGGAUUUGCCUCUCAAGCUCAUUGGAGGGGUAAAGAGUGGCCAGAGUUUGUGAAGAACUACGCUCCGUGGUGGGCAUCCCACACACUAGACUGGCUGAAAUAUGGGAAGCAAGUUCAAGUGGUACACUUUGAGGAUUUAAAACGGAACCUUUUCUCUGAGUUAAAAGGCAUGGUCAUCUUUCUGCGCCUAGAAGUCUCAGAGGACCGCCUGCUGUGUGUGGAAGGACAGAAGGAUGGGAACUUCAAACGCUCUGGGCUGAGGAAGCUGGAAUAUGACCCUUAUACACCAGAGAUGCGUGCUACUAUUGACGGGCUUAUUAAGACCGUGGACACGGCUCUCAGAAAGAGAAACCUGUCUGGUGUACCUGAGGAGUACAAGCCCAGAUGAUACUCAUCUCUUCACUUGUGCUUUUUUUUGUUCACAACACACACAUUUUUCCCCCUAGGAUAUGAAAUUGUUUAUCAUCGUUCUGUUUGAUUGCUUUCAGUUUUAAGAAUGCUACAGUAUGUUUUGCACAAAUGAACUGCUGAAAAACUGUUUGCCCUUUCAUUAAUAAUCUACACUACAUAGUAAGACGUGGGCUUGUGCAACAAUUUGCUUUGAGUUUAAUCGCCAUGGAUCUAUCUUCAUUAGGCCAUUACAAGUGUGUGCUCACUACAAAUUCAGUUCAGUCAUUAUGGGAAAUGACUGUUCACACUUUUUAUAAAAGCGUCUUUUGCCAUCAAGACAUCCGGGACAGCUAUUUAGAUAAACCCAUGAUAUCUGUCUUUCAUUAAAUUGGCUUUUCCUUCAACUACUGGACUACACUAUGAUCCCUCAAGCAUUUCAGUCUCAUUGGGAAUAUCUGGACAGUGAUUUCAUAUUUAACAUUUGAACCCCAGCUUCCUGUUACCACAAAUAUCUGGAAAUUGCCUUCAGAUGUUUUGAUGCUUCUUAAAACUGAUCAUAGUUAAAACUAAUAUGGACAACCAAAAUCCUCAAGCUAUACCACGUGUAUUAGAUAAAUGCAUGGGCGACUCGAAAACACGUUAUCUGGUACUUGCCUUCAGUGAUUUGCAGGCAAAUUGCAGCCCUUAUUGAGCUAUCGAUUUAGAUGAAAGCAACCAAGUUCUUCUGUUUUGUGUUCAGAGCACUUCUACGUUGAGAUUGUUCCAUUGAGUUAAUUUAUUUAACUUUCUUUUUUCUCACUGAGGUUUUAAGAUGUAUUUGCAGUGGGUGGUCAAAAAAAAAAAAAAAAAAACAGCAACAAAAACAUUUCAUCUUGUGUUCACAAAGUUAAAGAAAUGGGGGCUUCUUGUAAAUUGCUUAAAAUGACAUUGACUGACCCUUUACCCCUUUUAUUAUUUUAAUCUUCUGUAGUUUCCCCCAAAAUGAAAAUUCAUAGUUAAUGUUUUUGGUCACUAUAAACAUGGCUCUUACAUGAGAAGAAUUGUGACAAUGCAUGAAGACGAGUAAAUCAUGACAGAAUUUUCAUUUUUGGAUGAACUAUCCCCUUUAUGCAAAAAACCUUUCUUCACCAAUUCAUGUCCCAGGUUAGACUGUGAGAGUAGUUGCACUACGUACUGUGUGAGGUGCAUUGAAUAACUUCCCCACAAAAUCAAAUAAUUCCUCCCAAAACAUCAUUAGUUGUCAGGUUUUGGAUGCAAUUAUAAACUUGUAAAAAUUUUCAGAGUUCUUAUUUUUGUUUUGUUUUUUCAGUGUAUUAAAUGCAGGAGUUUUUAUUCAAAACAGCAAAUCAGCUUUAUAAAGUAAUCUUGAAGGGGUGAAAGCAAGUAUGAAGCAAUGUUCUUAAGAGACAAAAAAGCACCUCGCGGGUAAAUUUCUGCUUGUCAGCUAGAGACCUAACAAAUAACAUUCAAUAUAUGUAAAUACACAUAUAUAUUUUUGUAAUGCUCACAAGGAGAAUGACUUUAAAAGACAAAGCGUCACCUAUAUUUUUGAAAAGGCUUUUAAAUUUGAGCAUUACAUGCUUUUCAUUUCAAAAAGGAUCUGAAGUGUCUUUCUGAAUGUAUUUUGUAUGGACUGAAUGUAAGGAAUUUGUACCAAACAGUUAUGGAGAUCAGAGAGCAGUUGCCAGCAAUGCAAAGGAAAUUAAAUGAUUGCAACAAGAUUUUUAUUAGAAUUGUAUGCUGAGAGAAGUGUGUGAAUAUGAGGUAAGGUUUUGAACUUGUUUGGAUGGUGCAUCAGAUGUCCUGAUCAAUAAAUUCUAAAGCCCCAAAUUCUCAGAGGCCCAACAUUCAUGUAUGUAUGUAGUUGCAUGCUUGCUUAUUUAUUUAUUCAUUUAUAAUUUCUGUGUGCAUUUGGUGAAAAGGCUGAAGAAACAAACAAACAAAAAAACAUUAUUUAUGCAAUUUUGUUGGUUUCUAAUGCAGCAAAAAUUGUGCACUUUACUUUUGAAUCUCUCUUUACAGCUCUAUUUACAUUGUAUUUUAAAUGCUGGUUGUGUCGCAACUUCCUCUCAGAGUUAAAAGGUUUUAUCGCUGUUUCAGGAAAUGGCAAGUUUCCAGGCUGCAACAUCUCUCUGAGGACAAACGUACUUUUUGAAACACUGCAUUAAAUCAUAGAUGUUCAAAAACAAUAUAAGCAAAAGUCUUAGGUCCACCCUUGUUUUACAGAUCUCUCAUCUACUUGUCUGUUGUUUGUGCUGUUUUCACAGGGGAGGUGUGAUACGAGCUGCGCACGAGUGGCCAGUGCUCAGACCUAAAUGAAACGCCUUUGUUGAUAAGGUUACUGCGGUCAUAAUGACUGAGACUAAAUCUUCCCACCACACCAUUUAAUAUGUGGUAGGAUUUAUUUCCAUACACUAGUCAGUCUGGUUAUAAAAUGAACCACUUCUGCUGUACACUAAAUGGUCAGAAGUGAAGGGCUGCAGACUGUAACUAAAUGAUUGAGUGGUCUGAAUUAAACCACUUACUCAAAAGUGAAUUCAAGACUUUUUUGUGGAUCUUUUUGACUAUAGAAACAACAUAUGAAUGCCAAGUACGACUUGGUUUUAAACUGUGGUCUUAGAUUUUUACAUUUCAUUGCAUUGGUUACCAUUUGAGUUGCAGUCUACAGCCCUGCAUCUUACUAAUUUAGAGUUGGAUAGUGUUUUUUUUUUUUUUUGUGAUGGGUAACUUUUUAUUGUAUUUUUUAUAUAACAUAACAUCAUUACAUCCAUUCAUUACAUCCAGCUGUAAAACCAGUAAACAACAUUCUCUUUUGUAUUAAGCUAGAGACCAGAAUCAUCAUUAAGAAGACAUAAACUUGGGUUAGCAAAGUAAUCAAUUUGUAGUAAGGAGGAUAAAACCAGGCUUACAUCUGUCCAUAAAUUAAUGAUGGUAGGACACUCCCAAAACAUAUGAAGAAAAGUAUCUGAUGAUACAGUAUAUUUUGUAAUGCUUAUAAGCAGGAAGUAUUGAAAGAUAGGAAUUAUCGCAUAAUGUUUACCAUCAAAAACGAAUAAUGCUGAAGCGUCUUUAUGGAUGUAUUGUGUAUGGAUUUAAUUGAUAGGCAUAUGAAAUAAUUAAGAGAAACAGAAUGUUAUAAAAUAUAUUUUUAUGUAUGUAUCUUAGCAAAACAAAGAGAGAGAAAUGUGGAGCAUGACAACAUUUGUUGAUCUUGCCCAAGUGAUGAUUAAUACAUACAUUCAAAAGCUCCAAAUUCUUUUAUUCCCCCCC